GGCAUCUACAUGGUGAGGUUUGGAACCUCUAACCUGGUUGUACACCUAUCACCAUGGUUGAGACCUGCACUGGGAAGGAGACUAAUCCCUACACCCUUGAGCAGCAAGCGAAGAUGGCCGCCAUAGUGAAAGAGAAUAAGGAGAGAAAAGAGCGUGAGACGCAGACGAAGCUAAAGGCUAUCGCGGACGAGCGGGCGGCGAAGAUGAAGGAAGUGGAGGAGGAGAUGAAGAAGAAGGAGAAGGCUGCUGAAGAAGAAGCGGCAGCAGAAGAGGAAAAAGAAAGGAUGAGGAUUGAAAGCAGAGAAGGGAGCAGUGGCACGAAGAAGGACACAGACGCUGAGAUUGAGAAGAAGAUCAGCGAGUGGGUUUCUAACUUAUCGUUGGGGGAAGAUGAACAGGCGGAGUCAUUUGUGAUUGAGGAUGAGAAGGCCGCAUUGGCUGUUGAGCUAGCAACCAUGACGGAUCCUAUGGAGCGAAGAGAGAGGGAAGAUGAGCAAAAGUUGCAGUGGAAGCUGAGAAUGAAGAGGGAGAAAAGGAGGAGGAGAGAAGAAGUGAAUAAGAUGACCGCAACAGUAGCGAAGGUACAGGAAUGUGGAGCGGAGGGAUUGGCCCAGCCGACGAUAAGGCCAAGUGGGACAAGGGAGUUUGCGCGCGAGAUCGUCACCCACAUUGGGGGCGAAGUGAAACAGUUAAGGGACAACGUAGGGAAGUACUGCGAAGGCGCCAUUGAGGGUGCCAAAGCCAUAGCUGCUGCAGAGGGUGAAGGUAGACCCCGCAAAGAGCCUGUAAAGCUCAAGUUUCCAGACGCAUACGGGGGAAAGAAGGAGGAAAACUUUGACAACUGGGAGGCCAGUGUCAACAGUUAUAUCUAUUUGCAGCAUAUCCUAACUGAGGAGCAAGUCCUCGUGGCCUUCCAGGCCCUCAAGGAUGAAGCAGCUAGUUUCGCUAGGUCUCUUGCGCGUACAGCCGGUUGUGAAAACAACCUGGUUGCAUAUUCCAAGGUCACCCCUCUUUCCCAAUUCCUCAAGCUCCUUAAGGAGCGUUUCGCUGACCCAACGCGAGGCAUUAGAGCCUCUGACAAGCUGCAAACGAUCCACUCACGGCAGUGGAGGAGUGCCAAGGCACUCAAGAGUACCAUGGACGACUUGGUAGCCGUCCCGGACCAUGGGGUCACUAAGCCCCAGUUGGUCCAGUUGUUUUAUCGUGCCAUUCCAGAGGCCUUUACGUGGGCAUUUCUUUGACAAGUCUCAGCAGGCCGGCAUCACUUACGAUGCAUUGAGUAGG